CAUUUUACAUUAUUACCUUCUGUUUCCCCUGAAAAGACACGGGUCUCCUUCUCAUUUUCUUACUUCUUCGCAGACCAAAACGCUCACCUCUUUUUGUAAACGGAACCCUAACUCGAUCCGCGGGAAAAUUAGGACAUUCUGGUGAGUGCAAUUUCUUUUCUUCUAGAACUUGAAUUCAUUUAAUUUGUAUCCUCUGUAUGCGUUAGGUUAUGAAAUAGGAUAAGAUUUUUAUUGAGGAGGCUGGUGAAUUGGGGUUUCGUUCAAGCAGAUGAGACUACGAUUAAGGAGAAGUUGAGGAUCAAACGGGCAGGAUUUCUUCACCGAAUGGAGGGAGGUAGCGUCUCUAGACUUACUUGUUCUGGGAUACACCCAUGGAUUAUAAUGAAAAUGAUAAGCAAAGCCAGAAUCUUAAGUUAGCUGGUGAAGGGAGCACCAAAUUUCCUCCAGUUUUACGGCCAUAUGCACUUCCCAAGUUUGAUUUUGAUGACAGCCUUCACGGGCAUUUAAGAUUUGACAGUUUGGUUGAGACUGAGGUUUUUCUUGGCAUUGAAAGUAACGAAGAUAACCAGUGGAUUGAAGAAUUCUCUAGGGGAAGUAGUGGCAUAGAGUUUAGAACAAGUGCUGCAGAAUCUUGCUCUAUUUUGAGGCACAACAAUGUUUGGUCUGAGGCCACUUCCUCAGAAUCUGUUGAAAUGCUAUUAAAAUCAGUUGGACAGGAAGAAAAUAUUCCUGGAAAAACUAUUAUUAGGGAAUCAGAUGCCUGUGAUGAACUGGGUUGCUUGAUAAAGCAAAUGGAGCGGGAUUCAAAAAAUGAUGAUACUAGUCUUUCCAAAGCAGGUGAUGCUAUAGAUGUAAGGCCUAUACUAUCCCUGAAUGAGGUUUUGGGAAACUUUUCUAGUUCAAAGGAGGAUGUGGCUGGUGGACAGCCACUAGCUGCUGUUACUUCCCAGAAAAAUGAAUCUGAAACAUCUAUUGUUGGAUGUUUAAGUAAAUCAAUUUCAGAUGCUGUCAGUGACAAGAGCAUUUUUCCUCCUGCUAAUGAGAAUAAUGUAGUUGAUGAAAUGAAAGUGGAUACAUUGGUUGAAUCUUCAAGUGGCAAUACAGAAGAAGAUUCUGCUGCUUCAAGGAUACAAUUUGAUAGCAUCAUUACUUCUGCCCAGAAUACUAACAUAAGCACUGGGGAGUUGAACUGGCAAGAUGCCCAAUGUCUGAAAAAUAAUAUUAAUGAAAAGGUAGAUGUUUUACUGACAGAGAAAAAGGAAAAAGGGUUGGAUUUUGUCCAAGAGGCUGAAAUGAUUGAUCAGAAUUUGGGUGUAAAUGUAACUGAAAAUGACACCAAACAUCUGGGGAACCCUGGAGAAGGUAUGAGAGGAAAUGUGGCUUUUAGCGCUGACAUUGCAGGAGAAUCUUCUAAGGGGAUGCUGAAGGGAGACAUUGUAGAAGGAUCCAAUGAGGAUGUUCAGAGUGGAUAUAAUGAAUUUGAGAUCUGUGAUUCAUCUAAAGGAAAUGUACAUGAGGCAUCAUCAGUUGCCUUCAAUCAUGAUAAUAGUUUUGAGAGGCCUGGAGUUGAGGUCAGCAGUACUGAUGAUUCUAAAGCAUCAUUGUUGUUGGUGAAUGAGGAUAAAAUUUUGGAGGGCAAUGGUGAUGGAAGCUGCAGUAGUUAUGUAGAAAACAUUUCUACUGUAAAUGUGGAAUGUUGUGCCACUGAACUGCUGAGUGAAUCACCAGUAGCUCUAACUUCUGAAGGUGUUAAUGAUGAUUCUGGAAUUCACAAAGACGAUUCAAAUGCCAAAGUCAAUGUUUCAUCUUAUAUUCUGGGAGGCUCCUCUGAAAUAAACGAAGAAAAUGUUGUUUCCAAACAGAGUGGUGUUCGUAAAUGUUGUGAAGAUAUUUCUGUUGAUUUAAAGGAGAUCACAAAGUUCCCUUCCAAUUCUAGUAAUGUAGAUCGAGAUGUUGGUGGAUGCCUUAUCAUUGAUAAAGCGGUUGCGCCUUCAUCUUUGGGUCAAAGCAGCAAAGAAGAUGAGUUGAUAGUUUCUCAAAUACACACUGACACUACUGUUGGUGAUGAAUCUGCUCUGGAAAAUGUUGACUUGGUAUCUGGUAAUACCUGGAACAGUGUUCAAUCAGAUGCUAGUUAUGUAGUUGCCAAAGAAGCUGCUAUCAUCCAUCAAGAGGUUCAAAUGAUGGAUGAUUGUAAUGAAGAAAGCCAAAGCAAUCCCCAAGUAGUGCUUAAUGAAGUCAGAAAUGAGGGAACUAUGGAGGUGGAAAGUUGUCCUGCUGUCCCUAGUUCAUCAAAAGAGGUUGAUGGUGCUGAAGUACAAGUUAUCUCUGAAAAGUGUGAGGAAGUAAUCAAGAAAGAAAAUCAUGGAAAGACAUCCUCAAAAGUUUCUGAACCAAUUUUAAAAAUCUGUGAUAUGCUUGCAGAACCUUUGGAACAAAAACACUGUGCUGCAGUCCAAGAUGGUCAGGAAGACAGUAAAGACAUGUUAGCAUCUGAAGACAAGAGUUGUGAGCAGAUUGAUGUGCCACAUAAUGAUGGUGGUGCUUUGAAAAUUCAUGAAGGUUCCAUUAGUUCUACCCCUUUGUCUGAAUCUGAUGCUAAGUUCUGUGCCUUGGAAAGUGGAAUCAGUUGUGCCAAUCCUGAUAAACCUACCUGUGGAUCUCCUACUGUUAUUAGAGCUGCAGAAGUUUCUCUGAGUGAAAGUGAAAAGAAUGUGGUGAAAGGAUCUACAGGUCAGAGCAUUCCAGUUUCUAAGGGCAUUAAUGGAGAUGCCAACAAUUUGCAGUCUGUUUCUCCAGAUUUAAAAGGAAGUGAUGCCUCCAAAAGUGAUAAGAGUUUCACAUUUGAGGUCAGUUCAAUGGAAGAUUUGUCUCAAAGAGAAGUCGGAAGAAGUUGGCAACCCUUUUCCACUAUACAUGUUACUACAGUGCAGCCGAUUUUGGAGGGAUCUCCUCCAAAUUCUGGUGUUGGCCAUUUGAAUUCCUCUACUGCUCAAAGCAUAUGUCGUGGAGGUCUUCGGAUGUCAGAUAAAGAGAAUGUACAUAGUGGUUCCAAAGGCACAUCUUACCGUAAGACAAGGCGAACAUCUAAUAAGGGAAUAGGAAAAGACAUUGCUGAAAAGGGAAAUGCAGUGAAGGACACUGUUCCAUUGAGACAGUCAGAUAAAGGGGACAAGACAAACAAUGUGUCCCUGAGUCCCUCUGGGAUUUGCCAGCUUGUGCAAUCGGGUGAGUUGCAGCACUAUGGACAUGUGGACGGCGGUAUAAUAAAGCCGUUUGGUGUUCUUGCUACCUCAGCAUCUACUCUGCCAGAUUUGAAUACUUCUUCAUCUGCAGUGUUUAAGCAGCCUUUCACAGACUUGCAGCAAGUGCAACUGCGUGCACAGAUAUUUGUUUAUGGAGCUCUCAUUCAAGGUACAGUACCAGAUGAUGUGUACAUGAUAUCAGCAUUUGGUGGACCUGGUGCUAGAGCCACUGACCAAACAAUUAAACAUGUUGCGAACCAAGGCAAAGUUUCCUCCUCACCUCUUGGUCGAUCUCCUCCGUUUAUAAACCCUAUGAUACCUCAUUCAUCACCACUUUGGAGUAUCCCUACCCCAUCAGCAGAUAGCUUGCGAUCUGCUGGCAUCCCCAGAAGUGUUGUUAUGGAUUAUCAGCAGGCACUUUCUCCCCUGCAUCCUCAUCAAAACCCACCCAUCAAGAAUUUUGUUGGACAGAACACUUCUUGGAUUUCUCAGGGCCCUUUUCAUGGUACUUGGGUUGCUCCCCCACAGGCUUCAGCAUUUGAUGCUAAUACUCGCUUUCCUGUAUUGCCCAUAACAGAAACAGUUAAUCACACUCCUGUAAAAGAACCAUCUGUGCCCCCCCAUUCGUCUGGCAUGAAGCAUGUAUCCUCUGGACCUAUUAUUCAUAGCGUGAGUGCUGCUAAUGUCUUUCCCAGGCCAGCUUCCAUGUUUGACCCAAGAAAGGGUACGCAAUCACCUGGUCAAUGUUCUACUGAACCGAAUUCUAGGAAAAGAAAGAAGGUCCUAGUUUCUGAGGAUUCUGGACAAGUUAUUAUGCAUUCUCAAUCUCAAACAGAAUCAGUUUCAGUCCCCACUGUUACUAGUCUUGUCUCUACUUCCAUUGCCAUCGCAACUCCUGCAAGUGUUAUGUCUAAAGCCUCAACGGAGAAAGUCAUCAUGCCGUUAUCUCCUGCAAUUACUACUGGUCACCUUAAAAAAGGGGACCGAGAGACACAACAGAGAGAUACUUUGUCUGAGGAGACCCUUUCUAAACUUAAGGAGGCUAGAACACAAGCAGAGGAUGCAGCUGCCUUUGCUGCUACUUCUGUUAGUCAAAGCCAAGAAAUAUGGAAUCAAUUGGAAAAGCAGAAAAAUUCUGGAUUGGUACUGGAUGUUGAAUGCAAACUAGCUUCUGCAGCAGUAGCAAUUGCUGCUGCUGCUGCUGUAGCGAAGGCUGCAGCUGCAGCUGCCAAUGUUGCAUCGGGUACUGCAAUGGUAGCUAAAUUGAUGGCUGAUGAAGCAUUGGAUUCAAAUGUUUACAGCAAUCCUAGUCUAAGUAAUUCAUCUUCUCUUUCUGACAGUGUGAAAGAUUUGGGAAAAGCUACUCCUGCAUCCAUCUUGAAGGGUGAGAAGACCAUUAGUGGAUCUAGUGCGGUUAUUUUUGCUGCUAGGGAAGCUGCUAGAAGGCAGGUGGAGGCUGCUUCAGCUGCUUCUAGAAGAGCUGAAAAUAUCGAUGCAAUUGUAAAAGCUGCUGAGCUUGCUGCAGAAGCUGUGUCACAAGCUGGAAAAAUUGUUGCUAUGGGUGAUCCUUUGCCUUUGAGUGAUCUCAUUGAAGCAUGUCUGGAUGGUUAUUGGAAAGUGCCCCAAGCAUCAACUCAACUGAUUGUGAAAUCAAAUAAUGUAAAUGGUGAAAGAAUGAACAUUGAUGACAUCAGAGAAGGCCUGGAUACCUCUGCCAAGAAUCCAAAAGAGGUGCCUUUGGGCAAUAGAGAAAUGCAUACCACUAACCAAGGGAAAUCAACAGUGAAAGAGAUAUCUGGGGAGUCAUUUGAGGAGGGUGCUCGAUUAGUAGAUGGCUUUUCAGGUUCUGUUGCAGCUAGUGGAAAAAGUAUGAAAGGACACAAGGGUGGAAAAGCAUCCAGUUUGGCUAAAAAAAACACAGUCGUUCCUGAUUCUGAGACGAUACCAAGAUCCUCUUCCAUGAGUAUUCAGAUUGUGCAUGAAAAGGACGUUGAACCAUCAAAAGAGAACAGCAUCAAGGAGGGUUCAGAUGUAGAGGUUUUCAAGGAGGGUGUGGAAUUUAAAGGAGGCUGGUUCACAGCCCAUGUAUUGAGUUUGAAGGAUGGGAAGGCAUAUGUUUGUUUCUCUGAACUUACUUCAGAUGAAGGCUCAGAGAAACUAAAGGAAUGGGUGGUCCUUAAUGGUGAAGGAGCUGAAGCACCCAAGAUACGCAUUGCUCGUCCUAUUACUGCUAUGCCAUUUGAAGGUACGAGGAAGAGACGCAGAGCAGCUAUGGGGGAGUAUACUUGGUCGGUUGGAGAUAGAGUUGAUGCUUGGACGGGAGAUAGCUGGCGGGAAGGAGUUGUCACUGAAAAGAACAAGAAAGAUGAAACAUUGUUCACUGUUCGUUUCCAAGUGCAAGGAGAAACAGAAACUCUUAGAGCAUGGAAUCUCAGACCUUCUCUUAUUUGGAAGGAUGGGGAAUGGGUCGAGUGGUCCACUUCACCAGAAAACAACCAGGCUUCCCAUGAGGGUGAUAUUCCACUGGAAAAGCGACCAAGGUUGGGCGAUCAUGCAGGCGACUCUAAAGGGAAGGAUAAAAUGUCGAAAGAUAUUGGCAUUAUGGAAUCUAGGAAGCCUGAUGAGCCAGAUUUGUCAGCAAGUGAAAAAAUAUUUUGUAUGGGAAAAAAUACUAGAGAUGAGAAUAAACCUGUUACACUUGGAAUGAUACGGUGUGGUCUGCAGAAGGAGGGAUCUGGAGUGGUUUUUGGUGUUCCAAAGCCUGGUAAGAAGAGGAAGUUCAUGGAAGUAAGCAAACAUUAUGUGGUAGAUCAGGCCAGCAAGAGCAGUGGGGCAAAUGACACAGUUAAAUUUACAAAAUAUUCGAUGCCUCAAGGUCAAGCAUCAGGAUCUCGUGGAUGGAGAAAUGCUUCUAGGAGUGAACCAAAGGAAAAACGUGCAGCUGUAUCCAAGCCAAAGGUUCCGAAGUCUGGAAAGCCACCAAGUGUUUCAGGCAGAACACUUAUGCAGAAGGACAAUUUUGUGAGUUCUUCAGUGUCUGCUCCUGAUGAUGGUGGGGCUGUUGCAAAGAUCAAAGAUUCUGCAAGGCAUGUUGACACCACUUUGGAAAAGAAUGACCUGAUGGAGUUUAAAUCCAUGACUAAUUCUGAGGGAGCACUGGAGGGUCCAAUCUUGUUUACUUCAAAUUCAAUGCCUCUCACAUCAAAUACUGUAUCUAAGAAAGCUUCUGCAUCAAAUUCUAAAACUGAAAAGGUGACUAAAGGGAAACUUGUACCUGCUGCUGGAAAGUUGACUAAAAUUGAAGAGGACAAAGUCUUCAGUGAUAAUUCUGCAAAAUCUGCAUCUGAACUUGUUGAACCUCGUAGAUCUAACCGCAGAAUUCAGCCAACAUCACGGCUAUUGGAAGGUUUGCAGAGUUCAUUGAUCAUCUCAAAAAUUCCUAGUGUUUCACAUGACAAAAGUCAGAAAAGUCAGAAUAGGAAUAUGCCUAAAAGGGAAUAAGCAUGGUUGAGACAAGCUCAUACAAUGAUGGGAUGGGAUGGGAUUGUGUAGAAAGGAAAGUCAGUAGUGUUAUAGGGUGACCAACAUAGAUUUUAUUAUUUUGUGUAUAUUAAUGACAGUGGAGAAAAGGCUAGCUAGGAAUGGAAGUUGUUGCUUCCUUGGGUUUAGUUUAUGAGAGAUUUAGCCGGUAGAUUUUAAUAUUGAUUUUAGCUUUUAUUAAAGUUAUGAUUUGGUCAUCCUCCUAGGUCUUACCCUAGAAAUAGGUGGUUGUAUAUGGGAAUUUUCCAUGUAGAAGCUUUGAAGAUGAUAAAUUUUACCCUGAAAAUAUGCUCACCAUGGGCCUCUCAUCAUUCUUUGGUGGUGCCAAUAACAUUCACAAAACCCUGUUAGUGGUGACUGUUGUAGUGCUGCCCGCUAUAUUCACAAACCUUUUUAUGUAUUUUGGAUCCGCCUUCGUAUCCUAGUUUCAAUUCAAUAGCCAGUUAAUGGAAGUUGUAAUUUGGACUCACUGACUGCCUGUGUCUUUAUAUGAGUUGGGUCUUAUGAUUUUCUUUUCAA